AUGAGUGCUCAAAUGAUUACAGAUGCUAAUGCAACUAUCUUAUUGAAUAGAUUAAUGGCAAUUAAAGAAAGUGGCCAAAAUUUUUAUCUAGUUUUGGACAGCUUUCGCCAGAGUUCUUACUAUAUUAUUCAGCAUAUGAUUCAUGAGAAUCUUAAGCAAGAUCUAGACAUUCUUUAUGUUUCGUUUGAAACAAUAAGCAGACCUUCGUAUGCAACCGAGUAUAUUGACUGUAUUGACAUUUCAGGUAAGACGCUAAAUGACAAAAUUGGAAAAAUAUUAAAGUCGAGGUUUGGAGGAUCAAUUGGAAACAAAAACAAGGCUGUGCUAAUGAUAGAUUCUUUAAAUUUUAUCAAAGAUGAGGAACUUUCUGAAUUUAUGCAGAUGAUCUAUAAUGUGGAUAAGAAUAUUAUUGUGAUUGGGACAUUUCAUUUGUCAUAUCCGGUUAGAUCAGUGAGGAGUUUACAUUUGAAUUAUCCCAGAGGAUUGGAAUUCCUAAAGUUUGUUGCAAGUUCAAUUUUCGAGGUUCUUCCACUAGACUACAAAAGCACCAAUGAAGAAGAAAAGGAUUUUGCUGAGAAGUACUUUGGAAGCCCCUGCCACAAAGGAUCUAACAGCUACAAAUAUGUUUUGAAGCUAGUUGUGCGCAAGAAGAGUGGGCGGUCAGUGCGUUUUAAAUAUGUGGUAGACUCACUGAAGUACGUGAGCAGCAAUAUACAAGAUUCAGAAGACGAAGACAGCGAAUAUGAAAUCGAGUCGAGUCUGGAUGCCAGCAAAGAGGAGGACCUCUUGAAAGGGUUGACGACGUUUCGACUCAGCACCACAGCAGGUGAACGGAAGAGCAGAGAGGAAGUGGAAUUGCCAUAUAUGGAGGCGCAAAGCGAAGGAGGACGAGUUGGAGGAGCAAUUGUGUAUGAGUUUGAGAAGGACGACGACUACGAUGAGGAAGAUGCUUUUGAGGAUCCAUUUUGA